AUGGCAAAUCCUCUACAGUCGGGCGCUCUACGUAGUGCCACAGUUACAAAUCCUAAAGAGCAUACUAAUGUAAGUGCUAUAAGCACUAGAAGUGGUAAAGCCAAAGAAGUUGUGGAGGAAAAUGAUGAAGAAGAAGAGCCGUUGCUUGAAGUUAAUGUGGAAAUAAAGGAAAAUGAGGUAGAAGCUGAGGAUGUGGUUAUAUCAGAACCGGUGACGAAAGGGAAGAUUAUUGAGCCAAAACCAGCCGUUAAACUUCCUUUUCCCACUAGAAAUAAAAAGAAGGGGCAGCAUGAGAAGAAUUUUGAAAAAUUCUUGGAGAUGUUCAAGAAACUUGAAUUAAAUAUUCCAUUCCUAGAGGCGUUGGAGCAAAUGCCUACAUAUGCCAAGUUCAUGAAGGAUAUUAUAUCCAAGAAAAGGACCAUCAAUCUUGAUCCAAUUAUUCUAACCGAAACUUGUAGUGCUAUUUUGCAGGGUAUGAAGAUUCCGCUGAAAAACAAGGAUCGAGGUUCUGUGACUAUUUCUUGUACCAUUGGGGAUAGAUCUUUCAAGAAAGCCCUUAUUGAUUUGGGAGCAAGUGUGAGUCUUAUGCCGCUGUCCAUUUACAAGAGAUUAGGGAUAGGUAAAGUGCAAGAUACAAGAAUGACACUCCAAUUUGCUGACCAUUCUGUGAAGAGACCAUACGGGAUAGUAGAAGAUGUGCUUGUCAAAAUUGACAAAUUUGUGUUCCCGGUGGACUUUGUUAUUUUAGAGAUGCCGGAAGAUGAAGAGAUUCCAAUCAUUUUGGGGAAACCAUUUUUAGAGACUGGGAGAUAUGAUGUUGCCACUAGUCAACACAUUGAGGUGAUUGAUCAAAUAUGUGCGAAUGAAAAUUCCUUGGAAACAAAACAAUUACCUUUGGACAGAGUGUUGAGUUUACCAAUUUUUGAUGAAGAGGAUGCGGUUGAUGAAAAAGAGGUGGAAGUGGUAGCCAUGAUGGAAGCAACACAAACCUUUAAAAUUUCUCGACCAAACCGAUGGGAAGAUCUUAGGCAACCAUUGGUGGAGGAAAAGAAAGAUGAACCAAAGAAAAGGGCUGAAUUGAAACAACUAUUAGAACAAGAUUUAUUCUGA